UUUUAUUUUUUCUUUUUGUAGGUUGUUCAUCAAAGUGUUGCACAAAACUCUACUCAGAAGGUGCUUUCCUUUACUACAACAACCCUGGAUGACAUCCUAAAGUCAUUUUCUGAUGUCAGUGUUAUCAGAGUAGCUAGUGGCUACUUACUAAUGCUUGCCUACGCCUGUUUGACAAUGCUGCGGUGGGACUGUGCCAAGUCUCAGGGUGCUGUGGGGCUGGCAGGAGUCUUGUUGGUUGCACUCUCAGUGGCUGCAGGAUUGGGCCUGUGCUCAUUGAUUGGAAUUUCCUUUAAUGCCGCCACAACUCAGGUUUUACCUUUUCUUGCUCUUGGAGUUGGUGUAGAUGAUGUUUUCCUUCUGGCACAUGCAUUUAGUGAAACAGGGCAGAAUAAAAGAAUUCCAUUUGAGGACAGAACAGGUGAAUGUUUGAAACGAACAGGAGCAAGUGUAGCCCUUACAUCUAUCAGCAAUGUUACUGCUUUCUUCAUGGCUGCCUUAAUCCCUAUUCCUGCUUUACGAGCAUUUUCACUCCAAGCAGCAGUUGUGGUGGUAUUCAACUUUGCUAUGGUUCUGCUGAUUUUUCCUGCUAUUCUGAGCAUGGACCUUUAUCGUCGGGAAGACAGGAGACUGGACAUAUUCUGCUGUUUUACAAGUCCGUGUGUCACUAGAGUGAUUCAGAUUGAGCCUCAAGCAUAUGCGGAAAAUGACAAUACUUGCUACAGUCCUCCACCCCCGUACAGCAGUCACAGCUUUGCACAUGAAACUCAGAUUACGAUGCAGUCUACAGUGCAGUUGCGCACAGAAUAUGAUCCUCAUACGCAGGUGUACUACACCACAGCAGAGCCUUGCUCAGAAAUAUCUGUGCAGCCAGUGACAGUGAUGCAAGAUAAUCUUAGCUGCCAGAGCCCAGAAAGCACAAGCUCGACGAGGGAUUUGCUUUCCCAAUUCUCAGACUCCAGUGUGCAUUGCCUUGAGCCCCCCUGUACAAAGUGGACACUCUCAUCUUUUGCAGAAAAGCAUUAUGCUCCGUUCCUCCUAAAACCAAAAGCUAAGAUUGUGGUUAUUUUUCUUUUUCUGGGUUUACUUGGACUCAGCCUUUAUGGAACUACCCGGGUGAGAGAUGGACUAGAUCUCACAGACAUUGUACCACGGGAAACACGGGAAUAUGACUUUAUUGCUGCACAGUUCAAGUAUUUUUCAUUCUACAACAUGUAUAUUGUGACACAGAAAGCAGACUAUCCAAAUGUCCAGCAGUUACUUUAUGAACUUCACAGAAGUUUCAGCAAUGUGACAUAUGUUCUGUUGGAAGAAAAUAGGCAGCUUCCCAAAAUGUGGUUGCACUACUUUCGAGACUGGCUGCAAGGACUUCAGGAUGCAUUCGACAGUGACUGGGAAAUGGGGAAGAUCACUUACAACAACUAUAAAAAUGGAUCUGAUGAUGCUGUUUUGGCUUACAAACUCUUGGUACAAACAGGCAACCGAGCAAAGCCCAUUGACAUCAGCCAGUUGACCAAACAGCGUCUGGUGGAUGCAGAUGGAAUCAUUAACCCAAAUGCGUUCUACAUCUACCUGACAGCCUGGGUCAGCAAUGACCCGGUGGCCUAUGCUGCCUCGCAAGCCAACAUCCGGCCUCACCGCCCAGAGUGGGUCCAUGACAAAGCAGACUACAUGCCAGAAACAAGGCUGAGAAUUCCAGCAGCUGAGCCUAUAGAAUACGCUCAAUUUCCUUUCUACCUCAACGGAUUGCGUGAAACUUCUGACUUUGUGGAGGCUAUCGAGAAAGUGAGAGCUAUAUGUAGUAACUACACCAGCCUGGGCAUCGCCAGCUACCCAAAUGGCUACCCAUUUCUGUUUUGGGAGCAGUAUAUUGGGCUUCGUCACUGGCUUCUCUUAUCCAUUAGUGUGGUUUUGGCUUGCACGUUUCUGGUGUGUGCCCUCUUCCUCCUAAACCCCUGGACGGCUGGAAUCAUUGUGGUGGUGCUGGCUCUGAUGACUGUGGAGCUGUUUGGCAUGAUGGGUCUAAUUGGAAUAAAGCUGAGUGCAGUGCCUGUGGUGAUCCUGAUUGCUUCUGUUGGCAUUGGUGUGGAAUUCACUGUUCACGUUGCUUUGGCAUUUUUAACUGCCAUGGGAGACAGGAACCAUAGGGCUGUCCUUGCAUUGGAACACAUGUUUGCACCAGUGCUGGAUGGGGCUGUGUCCACUCUGCUUGGAGUGUUAAUGCUCGCAGGAUCAGAGUUUGAUUUCAUUGUCAGGUAUUUCUUUGCUGUUUUGGCAAUCUUAACCAUUCUGGGAGUUCUCAAUGGACUGGUCCUGCUUCCUGUUCUUCUUUCAUUCUUUGGACCAUAUCCUGAGGUUUCUCCAGCCAAUGGACGAGACAGACUGCCCACACCAUCUCCUGAGCCGCCCCCCAGCAUCGUGAGGUUUGUGCUGCCGCCUGGGCACACAAAUAAUGGGUCAGACUCCUCUGAUUCUGAGUACAGCUCCCAAACCACAGUGUCCGGCAUCAGUGAAGAGCUUCAUCAGUAUGAGGCUACCCACAGCCCUGGGGCACCAGUCCAUCAAGUAAUAGUUGAAGCCACUGAGAAUCCUGUCUUUGUGAGAUCCACUGUGGUUCAGCCAGAGACAAGGCAUCAGUCAAGUCCCAGAUUGCAAUUGAAUCCAGACUGCAGCGCGCAACAGGCGUGGCGUCAGGGCAGACAACCCAAACGGGAAGCAAGGGAAGGGCUGCGACCACCUCCUUACCGCCCUCGCAGGGACGCUUUUGAGAUUUCUACUGAAGGGCAUUCAGGACCUAGCAAUAGGGAUCGCUUAGGCCACAGGGCUCGCUCUCAUAACAUGAGGAGCCCAGCGUUCAGCGCCGUGGGCGCUGCAGGACCAGCAUACUGCCAGCCCAUCACUACUGUGACUGCCUCAGCUUCAGUGACUGUUGCUGUUCACCCUGCGGUGCACAGCCACAGCUCCCGGGGAGGGAGCUUUCCUUCCUAUGAGGGACACCAUGAAGCUGAUCAUGGGCCAUUUGAGGACCCCCAUGUGCCUUUUAAUGUGUGGUGUGAAAGAAGAAAUUCUAAAGUAGAAGUUAUAGAACUGCAAGAUGUUGAAUGUGAGGAAAGGAUACCUGGCAACAGCUCACAGUAA